UCAUUCAGCCCACAGGCUGCAUGAAUAAAAAAAAGAACAUAACACAUACACCCAACAAGGACCAGCGAUGUACUGGUACAGCUGCAGCUGGUAUUGUUUUUUUCAGCCGGCGAUCGGCUUUCAUGAUUGCUUUUACAAGCAGUGGGAGAAGAUGCCCACCCCCACUGCCUUCCAUGGCCUUCUUGGGCAGUCCCGUGCCAUCAGGGGAACCUGAGAACGCAGCCGGUGUUUCUGCCAGCUGACCAUAGAGCUGAUUAGAGACUGGAAUGGUGCCAAUCAUCUCUAUAGUCUAAGAAAUCGGAAGAUACAAGCAU